CCUCUCCAGUCUCCUCACACUGCCAAUUCUCGGUCACCGGUGGUUUCUCUCAAAUCCCUGUUCUAGGGUUUUUCUAAUCUUCGAUGAAGGAUAUCGAUACCCCGUACAGGAAUAGAGCUAACCCUUCAGCGGCUUCAUUUCACUGCGGUUCUUUACUAUGAGCGCCGUCAACAUCACGAACGUCACCGUUUUGGACAACCCCGCCGCCUUCCUAAACCCCUUUCAGUUCGAAAUCUCAUACGAGUGCUUGACUCCUCUUAAAGACGAUUUGGAAUGGAAACUCAUUUACGUGGGAUCUGCUGAGGAUGAAACUUACGACCAACUCUUAGAAAGUGUGCUUGUUGGCCCUGUAAAUGUUGGGAACUAUCGUUUUGUCUUGCAGGCAGACCCUCCAGACCCCUCAAAAAUUCGUGAAGAGGAUAUAAUUGGCGUCACAGUGCUGCUAUUGACGUGCUCUUACAUGGGACAGGAAUUUAUCCGAGUGGGAUACUAUGUAAACAAUGAUUACGAUGAUGAGCAGCUAAGAGAGGAACCUCCCCCAAAGGUUUUGAUUGAUAAAGUUCAAAGAAAUAUAUUAGCUGACAAGCCUAGAGUCACAAAAUUUCCAAUCAAUUUUCAUCCAGAGAACAAUGAGCCUGCAGAAGGAAAUCCUCCUUCACCUGAUCAUGCUAUCGAAACAAAUGGGAAUGGAGAACUGCCCCCCUCACCUGAUCAUCUGCAUGGGAACGGAGAAGUACCCCCGUCUCCUGAUCAUCCGCCUCAUGAUCAGUAGUUUGCAGUGUCAAAUUUUCUACACAACAAGCCUCCAACUUUUUUACAACUUUUGCAUGGUGGCCAUUACUGGUGAAUUAGUUUUGAAAAUGUCAAACAUAUGCAAUUCCAGUGACUUAGUUCCUGAGAGCAACUUUUGUAAAGUCUUAAAUGAUAUGUUUGUAGCAUCUUUUGCCUUUUGAUUGCUGAGCUGCUUAUACUUAAAAAAUUUUGUUACUCACUGAAUUCAAAUAUGAUCUAAGUAGAUGC